CGUCACCUCGGCAACCUCGGAGCCAAGCGGAACACGAGAAGAGAAGACAUUCCAAAAAAAGAAGGAGAAAAGGAAAGCAGCUCAGAGAUCGUUUUUGAGGAGGGCCUGGGAGGCCGGUUUGAAAUUUGCACCCGCUGCUUUGGCCGAGCAGAAAAGAAGCGGCGCAGGCGACUGACUCGAGGUUUCCAGUGGCGCCGUUCUGCUGCGACCCCCCCGAUGCCAACGGCCAAGCGGAAAGGCCACAAGAAAGUGGGCUACGGCUCCUCCCUUCCAAGGCUUCCAAGCACAGCGCCGGCAGGCCACAGAGGGUACGCCUCGAUCAGUGCUAAAUUCAAAGGCCCAGGGCCCGGGAAAUACAGCCGGCAGCCUUGCACUGGCAUUAAGAACCAUGACUUCACGAAGUUUGCCGAGCCGGCCUUCUCGAUGCGAGUCAAAUCCUCGGAAAGAAUGAUCGCUAUCAAGGAAAGUCCCGGUCCCUGUUACUAUGUGGACCCCAGCAUUUCGCACGUGGGAUUAUGGAGGCCUGUCUCAUACCGCAUGGUCAAAGCAGCCAAGAGCAAAAGUGCGACAGUGACCCCUGCUCCUAACGAGUAUUGCGUGGAGAAAAUUCACCCUCCGGACGAGCCAAACGCACCGGCGUACACCAUCGGUUUCCGCACGCGCUACUGGGAGAACAGCCCGUAUCCUGCCCCUAACAGAUACAGCCUCCCGGGGACACUGGGCCCCCAGUUACCUGUCAAAGAGUCUGCCCCCUGUCCUUCUAUGGCUCCCAGUGCUUCUAUGUGGGGCUAUGCUACCGACUGGGCGAAAGGGCCCAGCCCAGCGGCUCACACCUUACCCCAUCCAGAUUUUUACCUGCACUGCCAGCCAGCCUACAGCCUGUCCCAACGGCUCGAGGCAUCCAGGAAGGAGUACACGCCAGGGCCCCCGGACUACAACGCCGAGCGGGUCACCGUACACAAGCCCAGGGCUCCGUGCUUCUACUUUGGGAUCCGCCACUCCGAGUACUCCCACGGCACCCCUCCCGUCUGCCUAAUCCAGGACUGAGUCAACCUGCUAACCACGCACAGAGAUCUUGGACGGAAGGGGUCAGCCGCUCGGAAGAGAAAAGUGUCCUCUUAGAUAGGGUCUGCUCUCUGUCGUCAGAGACGAGUCAACCGAUCUUUGCUCCAAACAGACCUCCUGUUUGGCCUGUUUGUGGCUCGGCCAGGGCGUGGCUUCGCGCUCGUUCCUGCGCCAAGUCACGGUUCUUCUCCGCUCUUCUGAUGCACCCUUCCGACAUGAAGAGAUCAAAUGGUUAUUUUGACAUCUUGCGUUGGGAACAGCUUCCCGAGUCGCGAGAAGCUCGACACGUCCCUCGUUGGGACUGUACGUCACCCUGCGGAAUUAAACGAUAGCACCCGAAUGUUUUGACAAA